CGGGUCCGCCCGCCCCUUCCCCCGCCCGGGUCUCUCCGCUCGUCCUUCCCAUGGUCCUUCCCCCUAACUCAGCUACACUACAGGAGCUGGAGAGUCCCCGACACCACAUCACUGAAUCCACUGACAGCUGACUCACAACCGAGGAGGGAAAGAUGGAGCACAGAGACAGCGACUUCAACAUUUUGUUAGCCACCGACUCAUACAAGGUCACACAUUACAAACAGUACCCCCCCAACACGAGUAAAGUGUACUCCUACUUUGAGUGCCGUGAGCGGAGGACCGACCCAACCAAAAGCAGAAAAGUCAAAUAUGACAAAACCGUCUUCUACGGCCUGCAGUACAUCCUCAACAAAUACCUGAAAGGAAAGGUAGUGACCCCAGAGAAGAUCCAGGAGGCCAAGGAGGUUUACAGAGAACACUUCCAGGACGAUGUCUUCAACGAGAAGGGCUGGACUUACAUCUUGGAGAAGUACAACGGCCACCUGCCUAUUGAGAUCAAGGCAGUGCCGGAGGGGAGUGUCAUUCCUCGGGGCAACGUCCUGUUCACGGUGGAGAGCACGGACCCCGAGUGCUACUGGCUCACCAACUGGGUGGAGACCAUCCUGGUGCAGAUCUGGUACCCCAUCACAGUGGCAACCAACUCCAGGGAGCAGAAGAAGAUCCUCGCCAAGUACCUCCUGGAGACUUCUGGGAACCUGGAGAAGCUAGCGUAUAAACUUCAUGACUUCGGCUACAGGGGCGUCUCCUCACAAGAGACUGCGGGCAUCGGGGCCUCCGCCCAUCUGGUCAACUUCAAGGGCACAGACACGGUCGCCGGCAUCGGAGUCAUUAAGAAGUACUACGGCACCAAGGACCCCGUACCCGGCUUCUCAGUGCCUGCCGCAGAGCACAGCACCAUCACAGCGUGGGGGAAGGACCACGAGAAAGACGCCUUCGAGCACAUCAUCAAGCAGUUCCCCAACGUGCCCGUGUCCAUCGUCAGCGACAGCUACGACAUCUACAACGCCUGCGAGAAGAUCUGGGGGGAGGACCUGAGGUCGCUGAUCGUGGCACGCAGUGCAGACGCGCCGCUGGUGGUGAGGCCGGACUCAGGGAACCCGCUGGAUACCGUUCUGAAGGUUUUGGAGAUCCUGGGUAAGAAGUUUACUCCAGAGGAGAACUCCAAAGGCUAUAAGGUUCUCCCUCCUUACAUCAGAGUCAUACAGGGAGACGGAGUUGAUAUCAACACACUGCAAGAGAUCGUGGAGGGCAUGAAGCAGCACAGGUGGUCCAUUGAGAAUAUUUCCUUCGGUUCCGGAGGGGCUUUGCUGCAGAAGCUGACCCGAGAUCUGCUCAACUGCUCCUUCAAAUGCAGCUAUGUGGUUACUAACGGACUGGGGGUGAAUGUGUUCAAAGACCCGGUGGCGGACCCCAACAAGAGGUCAAAGAAAGGUCGCCUGUCCCUGCACCGGACCCAGAGCGGAGACUUUGUCACCCUGGAAGAGGGCAAGGGUGACCUGGAGGAGUAUGGCGUGGACCUGCUGCACACCGUCUUUCAGAACGGGAAGAUCGUGAAGUCGUACACAUUUGACGAAGUCAGAGACAAUGCCAAGCUCACGGACAGCGAUAUCGAAACACUUUACUGAGUGCAGCAUCCACCCAUACCCCCUAAACAAACCCCUCCCUCCUCCCCUCAAACCCUUCACCUUUUGGCCUCCGUCGCCCACCUCAGAGGUAGCGUGCACUGCUAAUAAAUCCCCCUCCCAAAGCUUGAGAACCCCUUGAAAUAAUCCCAAAAAAUCAUCCCUUAAAAUUCACUUGUCUUCACCCUCAGUUCCAAAACACUGUAGUUGUUUCUCCAACAGAGUGGGAGGGGGGAGAAUGAAGAGUGUGAGAGUAACAGUGAGCUGUAGAGGGGUAGAAGUUGUGUUGAUGACGAUAAAGUGUUGUUUCACUCCCACGCGGCACUGCCCAAAAAUUGAACUUCAGCAUGUUGCACUGAAAGGCUAGACAGAUUCCAAUGUAAGAAAGAAUGCAAUAUUGCAAAAGCAAAAGAGAUGAUUGUAAGCGAGUUCCUGGCAGCUGCAUGCGGAGUAAACACACGGUGCGUCAAAGACGAGAGAACGAGAGAAAGUGAAAUAUGAAGCAACAACCCACACCAAUGACCGCGCCCCGUGUAUUGUGUACAUAUCUGUUUUAAAAAACAUACAUGUCUCAAUCUACUUAGCUUUGUCUUUUAUGUGAAGGAAGAACAUGGUGAUCAUUGUAUACAACGGAGCACCGAUAACAUCAGCGGACAGCUGUUGGAAAUAGAAGAUCGUGAACACUUACUGUACCUAUGGGCGAUGAAGGAAUUCAUUUUCCCCAGUUUCCUGCUGUCAAUCAGUAGCUGCGGCCCAGAUUAUAAAAGGCCAACCUCUAUCAAGCACUGCCUGAAUAUUUCUUCCUCCUACUUCACCAAAUAAAAAUGUUAUGGGUGCACCUGUAAAGGUAUACAAUGAUCAUCUACUUGCCAUUAUGUUGGCCACAGAGCAUUCACAUCAUGGAGGUCUAAUCAUAACACAAAAUUCCAAAAUUGCUAAUCACACGGAUGAUUUAAAUUUAUUUUUGGGGGACCGGCUUGUUUAAACAUCAGAUCAAACAGCUCCAGCGUUUGGUAAUAUAACACAUCAGAAAAAGAUGACAAGCACAUUUUCCAUCUCUUAUCAGAACCCAAAAACGUUCCAAACUAAAAUGGCAAUAUCGGACUUUAAUUUAAAUGUUCAAAUUGGGUCUUCACGAUGGUAAAUGCUCUGGAAACCAUUUUUUGCUGUAAAAGACCAAGUGUUGAUGUAAAAAAGCUGUAAUUUUCUUCACUGGAAUGAAGACUAUGUGUUUAUGAAAGACUAUGUGGCUCCUGGGCUGAAAUGUUUGUUAAAUGUUGGUUCUCUGUGUGUGUGUGUGUGUGUGUGUGUGUGUGUGUGUGUGUGUGUGUGUGUGUGUGUGUGUGUGUGUGUGUGUGUGUGUGUGUGUGUGUGUGUGUGUGUGUGUGUGUGUGUGUGUGUGUGUGUAGUAUUCCUAUUAUGCAAAAUAACAUGGUGUUAGGGGGGAAUCGAGAACAUACUUCCUUUUUACUUUGUCCAGCUUUUAUCCUGAAAGGAGACGCAGAGUGGUGAAAAACAGGUGGUGGUACAGUAGUGACUUUUAUAUCCUGUGGGCAAAGUAAGUGGAUUCAUGUAAGAGGAGCUAAAGACAUCACAGGAUAAAUAGUUUUAAGACCAGGAGCUAAAUAUUUCACCUAAUGUUUUUGGGCUGUGUCUCCUGCUUAUCUAAAUUCAAAUUCCAACUUGGAUUUAUUACUAAAUUCCAACAAAAGUAACAACAUUCCCCUUGAGCUUCAAUUGUAUGUUUUGCUAGUUAGCAGUAGUUAGCAUGCUAACUUGCUAAACUAAGAUGAUGAACAUGGUAGAGCUGGCAAGUUUAGGAUUAGCUGCUAAUGAAAAAUAGCCUGUAUGUCUAAAGUACUCAAAUUAUUAAUGGUUGUUCCAUCUUUAAUAAACACAUCAAUGUGUCACAUAGCUUAACAGCAGCAUGUUAGCAUUGUCUGUGUGCGCAUGUUAGCAUGCUCACAAUAGCAUUUAGCUCAAAGUUAAGUCUCACUGAGCUGCUAGCAUGGUGUUUGCUGGCUAGCUUAAUUGUUUAAUGCUGUGGGUAAUAUUGUAUUGUCCGGCUCUCACUUUUCCCCGACAUUUAGCCACUUUACAUUCAUAGCUUCACAUAGUUUUGACCUUGGGAGUCGUUCACACAGUCUGCUACAUGUUAGCCCCUCGAGCUAACACACUUAGUCACUUUCUCUGUGAUUUAAGAAAAGACCUCGAAUAGUCCUGUGAUGUCCCCAUCUCUCGCCUCACAAUACAGUUAGCACUGCACUGAAACAACUCCACACUUUUUUGCUUUAUUCUCCUAUAGUUUUUCCCACUGUGUUGGCGGUUUUUGGAGUAGUUGUGUGUUUCUUUUCCAACUACGGGGUGCAUUUCAGUAAAACUCUCAUUUUACUUUUUUGAUACUGUCUCAGCUCUUACCUCAGACAAUUAUUAUUUGUAUGAAGAAGGAAGGAAAAUGCCAGUAAAUAUCCUUAUUUACGAACGAUGUGGCCAUACUGCCUUCUCACCUGUACAUACAUCAGGUAGUUUGACUGAAAUCAGAGGGGCAACACUAGAUAAUGCGACUUAUUAUUUUUGUCAAAACCUUUUUUUGUACCAACAGAAGAAUAUCCAAACCUGCUUGACUGGACUGCCAGUACGGCGUGCGUGCGUGUGUGUGUGUGUGUGUGUGUGUGUGUGUGUGUGGUCCCGUGUGAAUGCCUGCGGUGUGUGUCAUGACUUAAACUGUUUGUGAAUACUUUUUUUUCGUCGUUGUUGUUUUACGCAUAUGUUGGUUGUCCCAAAAUCCUCUCCCAACACGACUGAUAUUUUAACUAACAUAACUUGCUAUAUUGUCAACAAUACAUUGAUUAAAGAUGCCACCCUGUCAA